UCGUAGUGUCAGAAAUUCAAUGAGAGUAAUAUUUUCUUAAAUAAAAAGUGCUUUAAGACGGUGAAUGUCAUACUUAUUACAAUAUACCAUUCUUCAUUUGAAUAUUUGUUAAAUUCCAAAUGUAUACAUUUCAAAAACGAUUUGGUGAUAAUUCGUAAUUUUAAACAUAUUUUUGAAAUAUUUGUGAUAUAUUUAUUGUUAUCUAUGAGUGCUUUUAAAAUGCCACUAUUUGGCAAAUCACAAAAAAGUCCAGCGGAGGUGGUGAAAGCAUUAAAAGAAGCUGUUAGUUCGUUAGAACGUGGUGAUAAAAAAGCGGAAAAAGCUCAAGAAGAUGUGAGCAAAAAUUUGGUGUUGAUAAAAAACAUGUUAUAUGGUACUUCAGAUGCUGAACCACAAACAGAUAUAAUUGUGGCACAAUUAGCUCAAGAACUCUAUAACAGUAAUUUGUUAUUGUUGUUGAUACAAAAUUUAAAUCGAAUUGAUUUUGAAGGAAAAAAAGACGUUGCCCAAGUUUUUAACAAUAUUUUACGUCGACAGAUUGGUACCAGAUCACCGACUGUUGAAUAUAUUUGUACUAAACCAGAAAUUUUGUUCACUUUAAUGACCGGAUACGAACAUCAAGAAAUCGCUUUAAAUUGUGGUACAAUGUUACGAGAAUGUGCUCGUUAUGAAGCGCUUGCAAAGAUAAUGCUGUACUCGGAUGAUUUUUUCAAUUUUUUUCGCUAUGUUGAAGUAUCUACAUUUGAUAUUGCUUCUGAUGCAUUUUCUACAUUUAAGGAAUUACUUACACGCCACAAAAUAUUAUGUGCUGAUUUUUUGGAAAUGAAUUAUGACAAAGUGUUCAAUCAUUAUCAACGACUGCUUAAUUCUGAAAAUUAUGUUACUCGCCGUCAAAGUUUAAAAUUAUUGGGAGAAUUGUUGUUAGAUAGGCACAAUUUUACUGUGAUGACAAGGUAUAUAUCGAAUCCAGACAAUUUGAAAUUAAUGAUGAAUAUGUUGAAAGAAAAAUCACGAAAUAUUCAAUUUGAGGCCUUCCACGUUUUUAAGGUGUUUGUUGCAAAUCCAAAUAAGCCGAAACCAAUAUUGGAUAUAUUACUUCGCAACCAAGAUAAAUUGGUUGAUUUUCUAACCAAAUUCCAUACAGAUCGAUCUGAAGAUGAACAAUUUAAUGAUGAAAAGGCUUACCUAAUUAAACAGAUUAAAGAACUGAAACCAACUACAGAGGCCGCACAUUAACAUCAGAUGCCCUUCUGCCCCUACGCCGCCAUUUUGUGUACUAUUAAUAAAUAUUCUCCAGAAAAAAAUUAUUUAAUAUUAAUACGUU